GAUUGGACAUCAGCUUGAUCUGGAGCAACAUCACCUUUGAAUAUAUGCUACGGAGAAAUGAUUUGCUGCCUUCCCAAACCUGAAGUCCGUGCCUGUGUUGGACUACAAGCCCCAUAUUCCUCAAGCAUCAGGCUGCUUCAAACCUAUCCAGGCUUAAAAAGCAUUUCCAGCGGCUUUGGGAAUUCUGCUUCGCCUGCCAAGAGUGGCUACACCGUGUUGCACAGGCAUCCCGGCUGGUGAAAUAAAUCGAGGAGAAAAGAUUGCCAAACUUUGCAGCAGCCCUUGAAAAGAAGCAACUAACAGGAGUAAACCCACCUUGGCCACCCAUUGUUGAUGCAUCUUGUUAUAGCAAAAAGUCAGCAGCCGCGGAGAAAAAUGACUGAUGCAAAAACCCAGGCUGAGCUGGUGAGAAAGUGGAUGGUGCUGGUGGAAACAACCGCAGAGGGAACCCGGAAGGAGGAAGGCUUGGAACUUGCUGCAAAGGGUCCUGAAAAGUGUUUGUUCCCAAAGGACAAGCAACCAGGGUGGAGGGAGCUCCACCAGGCAGCCAGGAAUGGGGACCUGCGGCUGGUCAAGCAGCUGUUGAAGCGAGGGGCAGCCACAAACAGCAGAGACGAAAACGGGUGGACCCCCCUCCAUGUCGCUUCCUUGCACAAUUGCGUCCCGUUGGUGAAGUUUCUCAUCCGGCGUGGAGCAACGAUCCCCGCAGAUGACAGGGCCGGCUACACCCCUCUGCACCACGCUGCGUGGAGCGGCCAUACCCAAGUAGCAGAUCUCCUCUUGGCUCGGGGGGCACCAGUGGCGGGGUCAACCAAAGGGGGCCUGACCCCGUUUCAUUGCGCGGCCGCCAACGGCCACACCUUGAUGAUGCAGCUGCUCUUAUGCCAUGGGACAGAUCCCACCACUACCGACUGUAACCAGUGGACCGCCUUGCACUGGGCCACAGCUGGCAACCAGCUUCAUAUAAUGAACGGGCUGAUUUCCCAAGGGGUGAACCCCAACCUCCAAAGUAAAGGGGGUAUCACGCCUUUACACAUAGCUGCCGAGAUUGGGAAACCCGAAACGAUACGUCUCUUGCUUGCGAAAGGGGCCAACGUGAAUCUUCAAGAUGACUGGGGAAGGACCGCGCUCUCUGUCGCUUCUAAAAACAGCCAUCAUGAGAUCGUGAAGCUCUUGCUGCAGAAUCAAGCGGAUCGAAACUUAGCUGAUUGCCACGGUUGCGUCCCGCUCCACAAGGCUGCAGGCGCGGGGUGCCUGCUGGCUGUCUGCCUUUUGGUCAAAGAAAGCCCAACUGCAAGCGUUAAUCAAAGAGACGGUCUCCAGCUCACGCCACUUCACCGGGCAGUCAUUUGUGGCCACGCUGAGGUUGCCAGCUGUCUCUUGGAGCACGGAGCGGACGUUAACGCGGCUGGGUGGUUGGGCAAAACCACUUUGCACUUGGCUGCAGAAAAAAAAUCCUUUCCCCUAAUGGAACUUUUGUUAGCAAAGGGUGCAGAUCUUAGCCAGAAGACCUGGUGGAACGAGACCGCAGAAGAGCUGGCCUUGGAGAGUUCAGGGCCCAGAGUUUUCUCUAGCUGCACUCUCCCUGGGCGUCCCCAAGUGUAGCGUCUGUCUC